AUUAACAAAUAUGUGUUAAUUAUCAAGUCUGAUUGGUCAAAACCUCCAAAACAAUAGGUACUGAAUCUUCGUAUCAUAUCAGAUGAACCUGCAGACAGGAGUCCAGGUCAUUUUUACCUCUGCCUGUUGACCCUGUGGCAAAAAUGUCGGAGUGUUAUCCCCAAUUUCCACCUCAUCCAGAAUGGCGGCGAAAACGCUGUAUGCGCCAAUCGCAACUGAUUGUUUACAUUCAAGUUAAUGUGUCAAUUUCCACCGGCUUCGUUCCGCUGUGGUUCAGUGGGCUCCGCAGCCAAUCGCCAGUGUUCUAUUUUUUCUGGAUGCCACAGCAUGCCGCGUUUAAUUUUAAGUCCCACAGUCCACUAAUGUUGACACAUUAACAGCAAUACAACAGUCCUAUGUAAGGUAAAUUAAUGCAGAGAAACUACUUCAUAUAUUUAGCAUGACAAAUGUUGGUCAUGCAUUUCAGCACUUCUCCCAUCUUGUGACACAUUUUGGUUUUUAAAGAACAGAAGGCAUCUUUGAAAAAUUAGCAGACGUUUUCAGAGGAUGUAGAGGUGAACUUAAAUAUGCCAGCGUCACGAACAAUCUUUUUGUUUACCUAUCAAGGCACCUGAAUUAUUGGUCGGUUGACUGAAAAGGUAUUUACAACUAAAGGCCUGAUAUGCCGGUCAGACUGUGUUGUGUCUGAGCUUUCACCUGCAAUUAGCUGAAGCUAAAGCUUGGUUAUUCUGUGCCACCAUAAUGCUCUGCACUACUACCUGUAUGUAGAAAAGCAGAGCAUGCCCCUCACAGAGGAAAGUAAAUUUGACAGUUUUUUGCAAAGCUACAUGACACCAAACAGAACUUUGAAUUUCCCUUUACAUGAUCAGGGAAUGACUCACUAAGAAAUGACCUUAGUUUAUUUAUUCAUUUAUUUAGACAGGACAGUACCAGUUCAUGGACAAGGAGAAGAAGACAUGAUAAAAGAAACAUGUAUGUCUAUUCUCAUUGUAAACCAGCCAGAGUUAGCUAAGGCUAAUUUCCAUCCGUUGUCCUUAGUUUAUAGGUAGACCCAGCUGAUUAAGCCUUGUGUGAUCUUGAUCUUGAGUUAACCCGACCGUAAACAUCUGAAACCAGCUCCCAGUGCAGUGUCUUCAAAUGCCAUCAUACUACAGUCUGUAAAACCAUGCAGCAUGGUAAACUAAAACUCUAAACAUAAAGAGGUUUGCCACAUCCAGCCUGUAUUUGUGCCCCACACAUGCCUGCAGGCAACAAGCAAGAGUCCCUUAAAUCAAUACUUGAGCUAAUUGCUGUUGGAGCUGAAUAGAGGAGCCUGGGUUACAGCAAUAGGAUCAAUGUUUAUUGUGUGGAUGAGCCAACAAUUGUGCCUGAAUAAACUCAAAUUAGAGUAUUUUUGCCUGAUUUACAUAUGAGUGGCAGCAGGACAAUGGAUAUAAUCCUUCCAUGCUGGGAUGCAGGUGUAAAACAAAACAGCGUGGGGACGUCUUUUAAGGUUAUUAACAGGAAGACUAGUGUUAUAAGACAGCAGCAUGCUGGGCUAAGUAUGGCGCUACGUCUACACGGCCUGAAGUAAAUCAUGCCUUCCUCCACACAGAGAGCAGCAGAGAUUAACAACAGAGGUGGAUGGAUUAUGUGAAGCAGGGCUGCAGUUUUACAAGUUUCAGUAAAAACAAUCAUCUUUAAAUAAAUACAUCUUAAAAAACUCAAUUUGGGCAAUUUGAGCUUAUGUGGUCUUUAAUUUAAAUGGCUAAAUAAAGAAGUGUGAAAAUAAAACUAAAGAGUCUAAAGAGAGACUGGAUGUACAUGGAUGGCUUAAUUCAAAUUAUGGGUGACUGAUGAGAAUAAUGUGAUUUGACAAGCAGGACAAAGUGACAGGAUGCUACAAAAAAGUGGUCUUGAUUUUGAGUAAUGGUUUUAUUGUUUUUUAUUGAUAUUGUCUGAUAUAUUCAAGAGGUCCCUUUUGGUACUAAGACAUGCUGCUAACGCUGUAGUGCACAAACUGCAGCUCUUCAAAUGUCCUCCACUUGAGGUUUGCUGCAAAGCCAAGAAUCCCCAGUAGUUCUCAUGAUCAGAUAUUGAUUUUUACAGCAGAGUUAGUCCUGUUUACAGCAACAUUCAAACAGCGAUUUUAUCGUUCAUACCUGUGUUUGUAAAGGGAAUCAUUUUCUUUAUAACAUAUACUGUAAGAAAAUGUAAGGGCUUAAAGUUUAGUAUGAUUUUGCAUUAUGCAAAGAUGUAACAAUCAAACCUGUCUGGGUUUGUUGAUGAAUAUGUUUGGGAGAGCAUAAGGGCCAAAUGUGAAUGGAAAUAUAUUUUGUUUCUUCUUAUUAUUUUUUUUUUUCUGUUUAACCAAUUUUUCCUUCGGCUCAUUAAGUUUAAAUUUUGUGAUUUGAAUCGGAUUCCUUGCUCUUUUUUGUUUGUUUGUUUUGUGUAGAAAAGCAUAAAUAAAGUGAUUUAUAAGAUAGAGAUUACUUGUGCCUUAUUAAUGAAGUCACCUGGUAGUUUUUUGAAGUAAAAAUGUGACAUUUAAAAGCACAGUGGCAUCAUUAUGCUCCAUUACUGAGACAGCAAGAAGCUGGAAGACACAGCAGUAGCUAAACUACAGUGAGCCAAAUAGGACAAAAAGGCAAAAAUAUAUUUUAGGUUUUGUAGGACCUUUGUAUUAGAUCUACUUUUGUUUUAAAAAGAUCAUUUUAAUUGUGUUUAUUUCCAUUUUUUUUCUUUAAAAAUGUAAGACGUUAUUCUGGUAAAUCAAAGCCCUUUUUCUCAUAAUUUCUUACAUCGUGUAGAUUUCUGACAUUUUCUCAUAUUUUUCUCCAUGUCAAUCACAAAAUAUUCUACUUUUAACAUCAUGAAGUAGUCUCAUUAAAUGUGCUUUACUUCUUAACUUCAUUUUCUCAUUGUUUUUUAUUUUUUCAACUUGGAAAAUUCAUUUCCUUAUAAAAUGUUUUGUGUUACAACAUUGUCUUGUGAAUUUCUUCUACCCUGAAAAACAUUUCCUUCAAUUUUUUCCAUUAAAGUACAAUAUUUUUCUCACUAAUACCUCUGACAUUAAUUUACGGUUGGGAUAACUUUUCUUCCUAUGAUUCUUUAACUUAAAUUUGGACACUCUCUUUUGACAUUAACUCAAAAUUUAAAGGUUUCUGGUGAUAGUGGGACUUUUUUUCGUGAACUUACCCCUUUAAACUUGUAAAUUUAUGAAUUCCUUAAAGAGAAAGUCUCUUAUGAUUGAUUUGCAAGUGCAUUUUUGCCUCUUUAAAGUAAUAAAUUAAUGAGUUUUUAAAGUUAAUUUAAGUUUUUUUAAGUACCUGCAUCCUUUGUAAUGUGUUCAAGUUUGAAAAUACCAAAAAAUAUUUGUUGUAAAAACAAACACAAAAGUCACACCUUCAACUGAUGUCUAUGUGCCAUCUGGUUUUCCUCUCUAAACUUGAUCCGAAAGAUGAUGUCUUUAAUUUUGACGGUCAACACCAACAUAUACUUUUCAGAAUAACUUUGAUCAUCUCUGUAGCGUCAGGAACACUAAAGAUUCAUAAACAAACUGCAGCAGCUGCACAGUGAGGGAAUCCUGCAGCUGUCUGACAACAAUGAUGACAGUAGUCAUGCGGUAAUUAUACCAAUAUUAAUUUUAUUCUGCGAGUUGCCCACUGCACAGCCCCUCCCCCACAGUAAGGUGAACUGGCCCUGCAGACACAUGAAUUGAACGCGGCCCUUGUCGCGCACUGAGGAGCUGCUGCUCAUUGUGGCUCUCAGCGCCGAGGAUUCCAGCGAACUCCUUGCAGGCCUGCGCCUCUUUAGAGUAGAAAAAAAAGCCUCUUUUCAUUUGUCCCUGUAUACCUCUGUCCAGGCUAAGUCUUUUUCUCUCCCAACUCUCCCUCUUUAAUCCGUCCCUCUAUUUCAGGAGGAGAAAAAAAAAACACAAAACCAGGUUCACGCAGUGCUUUAGUGGCUAAAAGUGAAAGAGCUUGUGUUUUUUCUUUCUUUUUUUUUCCUCUCCUGCGCUGAGUUGAGCCUUGAAUCGCUCUGGAAAAUUGCUUCUUUUCAAUAGAGGGAAGGAGGAACAGCGUUUAAUGGGAUCCAAAGGAAGUCUGCGCUCUUUAACAGGUGGAAACUGGACGUCCUCGAAUUUAUACAAAUAGUAAGAAAGUAGAUGUAAUCCGGUGUGGAAAAGAAGGGAUCCCAUCAUCUCAGGGGAUUACUAAAAAUAUUUCCCAAAGUGUCAAAAGAAAAGAAAGCAAAAGGAAGCCAAGCUUAGAAUUUCUGCAAACACACACAUACAUGAUCAUAUUUCUGCCUUGUUUGGUGACAUUUUUGCGCACGGAUGACAUAUGGUGGCCUUAAAAAGCUCGUGCCAGCCCCUGUGCAGAUUUAUUGGAGAGAGAGAGAGAGGCUGGCAGGUUGAUGAGGGCGUCUCCCUGUCACCCAGUUAAGAGUUCGGGUGUGCGCUGAUGUCAGGAGACAGUGAUCCGCGCUGAUGAGGGGCGGGUGCUGCCACUGUGUGACAGAGAGCAGUCGGCUGGUUUCUCUACACCCACCCGACCAUUAAAGAGCUAAACUCCAACACAGACUCAACUUUACGCUCCAGCAUCCUCCGGGAGCUCCGACUUCGACAUUUUUCUCUUUUUUUUUCUUCCUCCUCUUUUUUUCUUCAUCUCUUCCCAAACGACCUCAGUAAUGUCCUGUUAAUUUUGUGUGCACUAGUUAAUGAGCAUUAAUCCAUCACCCCUGGAUGCUAUUGUUGCAGGGGGGAAUGGCCAUUUGAAUGCAAAUGCGUGACACUGUGACAGCAAGGUGCUUAUUAAACUGAUGUGUCCUCCUGUCUGUGGAGCCGGGAGCUGAGCAGAGUGAAAGGACGCGGGGGCAGCUGCAGGAGCGGGUCGGACUAAAGCACCGGGAGUUGCUCACGCCAAGUUUCUGCUCUGCUGCAAACAAAACAACAACAACAACAACAACGACGACGACUACUACUACUACACAAACAACAUCGACAAUAAGAUGGCAAGUUCUGCCUCUGUGGAGACGGUGAUGUCCUGUGGGAGGACCGGAGCCUCCGCGGCUCCAAAGACCCUGGCCUUCUCCAUAGACCGGAUCAUGUCCAAGAGCUCGGAGCCGAAGAGGAACGCCGAGGAGCGGGCAGAGGGGAAGAAGCUGCUCGGGCUCUGCUCCCCGAUCCCUUGCAUGAUCCCGCUGCAGCCCUUCAGUUACGACCUGCAAGCCAAGGCGCUGAUGAACUACUCGGAGUUGUGGAGAGCCAGUUUCAGGGGGACUUUCUGCGCUUCUGCAGCCGCGCCGUGCAAAGGGAAUUGCGGUAUGUGCGGCAAAGCGGAUCCGGGUUUGAAACAGCCGCUGUUGACAUCAGGGAGCAGGGUGGUGAAACCGCAGGUGAUCCACCAGGCGGUUGCCGUGCCCAGCGGAGGCUCUCUCUACUAUCUCAACUACCUGGACUCUGCGUACCAGCAGUCGGAGCUGCUGGCGGGACACUGGUUCUCCAGCUCGCAGGCCCAGGCCUCCCUGUCCGCGCACCAGAGACUCUUACUGCUUGAGAACGCCAAGCUGGCCGGUGUGGGGGCCGAGAAACUGCCCACCCCUCAGUACCCGCACAAGGAACAUCUGCCCGGGCAGCUGGACCAGAUCGUGAAAGAGAACCACGGCCUGAGCGCGGAGAAGAACGGAGUCAAGACGCACAGCAAACUCAGCAGCAGCCCCGCAGACGGAAAACCCAAAAACUUCACCUGUGAAGUGUGUGGAAAGGUACACUCAUUUUUGUUUGUUUGUUUGAUUCAUUUGUUUUGAUUUGUUUAUGGCUCGUGUCUGCCUGAUCUGUGGGUUUGAUUAAAAAUGUAAAUGCUGGAAAUACUUAUUGCAAAGCGUUUCCAGAUGUGUCAAUUUGAAGUGGCUACAUUUACUAAAAUCGUAUAACUCAAAUUAAAUUGUGUAACCUUUUUAAAUAUUCAAUUUAAACCAAGAACAUUAAAGGAAUCAAUAAUACUGACUCUCAACUAUCAUCAAUCCAAAUAUCUAAAGGGUUUAAUUUUGUGCGCGAAGGUUUUGAGGGUCUUUCAGGUUAAAAUUUCUGUUUUCGUUCCUAGAAUUGAAGCAUAUAAAAUAAACGUAAUUUGUUUGGUCUUUUCAGGUUUUCAACGCGCAUUACAACCUGACCAGACACAUGCCGGUGCACACCGGGGCCCGGCCCUUCGUCUGCAAAGUGUGCGGCAAAGGAUUCCGGCAGGCCAGCACGCUGUGCAGACACAAGAUCAUCCACACGCAGGUGAGACGCGACGAGGCGAUCAUUGACUUCAAAUCUGCUGCAUCUUCUUCUUCUUUUUUUUUUUUGUUUGUACUGAUCUUUAUCUGUCCAAUUCUUUUCUUCUUGCUCAGGAAAAACCUCAUAAAUGUAACCAGUGCGGGAAAGCCUUCAACAGAAGCUCCACUCUCAACACGCACGUACGGAUCCACGCCGGAUACAAACCUUUCGUCUGCGAGUUCUGCGGGAAAGGUUUCCACCAAAAAGGUAAAGAAAUAUUCCUCCUUCAUUUAAUCUCAUGUGUGGAGUUAAAUGCGCAUCAACUAUUCCACCUGCGCAAUUACGCAAAAUUCCACCAGAAUUGAGUUCAGGCUGAUUUCUCUGGGUUGACUCUUAAAAAUAUUAUAACAAUCCGAUAAUAAAUCGAUGGUUUUUCUCGCUGUGGUUUGUCCCUUAAACCGAGAAAAUCAAAGCAUUAUUUUGAGGAUUUUCUGCAGCUUAAAUGUUAUUUUAAUUCUGAGACUUUCGGUUAUUUGUGGGAUUCAUUCAACUUUUUUUCCGAAGUUGAAUUUAAUGAAUUUCUUUCAUGUUUUUCUUCGCAUCUGUUCAUCUUUUUUUUUUUUGCUCUUUGGGGGUCGUGAGAAUUUCUUGUUAAAAAAAUUCCCGCUCAACUCUUUGAAAUGACCAAGAACUCCGGGCUCACUGUGUGCCAAAAAUGCGCAUUGUGCAUCGGAAUUCCUUUUGGUGAAAUUCACUUUCCUCGUUUCUUUGCCCCGGGACUGAGACUUGCAGAGAUAAAAAAAAAUCUUAUUUUUGAGACUAAUUUGGCUUGGUGAAUGAGGAUUAUUUCUGUUAACAAAGACAGUUGUGGAGUCCGUGAGGGAGGCAGUGGUUUGGAUGUGUUUGUGUUUGCAUUCCGGUGCUGCUGCUGCUGCUGCAGGGACUCAUCGGAGCUGCAGAAAUCAAAAAUCAGCACUAAAAGCAGAAGCAUAUGUUUCUGCUGCUGCUGCUGCUGCUGGAGUGUUCUGUGAGGGUCUAAUGAAAAAAAAAGGGGGAAUAAUUGCAGGCCCUGCGCUGAGGCUGAAGCGAUCAGUGGAAAUAGGACAUGUCACUUUACACGGACUAAUUCUCCCUCUGAGACGGCAGCAUUUGCUCUGGGUCAGCUGCUGCAGACCUCGGCACAGUCAGAGGAACCGGGCCGGUUUUUGUGUUCACUUGUCGCUUGCGCUUGAUUUUGACAAAGUUUGACAACUUCUUGACUUCGACACACAAAAGCCUGAUUAAUGAAGGCUGGGCAGAGCGGAGGGACGGACGGAGGAGGCUCUAACUUCACGGUGAACUGCUGACCUUGGCGGGGAGAGAAAAGAGGAGAGGGGAGAGAUGGGGGGACUCUUUCAUCCUCACUUUCUUUUUCGUCUUCUUCUCCAUGCAGUAAACAGCGCAGUUGCUCUCUGCUCCUCCUGCUUUCAUUCAACUCCCACUUCAAAUUCACAGAGGAAAGACCAAACAUCAGUGUGUGAAGUUACAGUAGUUUCAAAUCAAGUGGCACCUUUGAGUUGGCUUUGCAAAAAAGCACAAAAAGUGAAAUAUUCAGGUAUCGUGGCCGCCCCAAAGUCUGAUAAUAUAAAAGGAGACUGACUGUGCAGCUGCAGUGCUCAUUUUUAUUCAUUCAGCAAGACCCUUCUUGAUGCCAUUCUUAAUCCUAAAUUGAAUAUGCAAGAUUGGGUUUGGUGCAAUAAAAAAAAAGUAUAUUUUUACUGUUCUUCUCAUUUCUAACAAUGAUGGAAGGAAAGAAACAUAUAAACUGUAAUCCAGCAGCUUUUUAAAAUUUAAAACUUUUAAAGCUCGUCUUCACUUUUAUUUCCUAAUGAAGGCAUGCACUUUUUCUACUCUACAUAAAAUCUGUCACUUUUGAGUAAAAACUUGAACGAAACCCGCUGAGUGGAUAAUAGCUUCUCUGCAAAAAAAAAGUGAAUUUAUCCAGUACUACUCAAAGUAUCUUAUUUCCCUUAAUUUAAGACACUCUGACCUGACAGGUUCAAAUAUAAAUCUAAUUACAAGAAAUUUCAGGCCAAAAUUGUCCUAAUAAAUCCUUUAAAUGAAGUGCUAUGCCCUGAAUCAAGAAACUUAUUUAACACAUUUUUUACUCAUCACAGUAAACUAAAUCCACAUGCAGGACUGCACAAGUGCACAGGGACGCGGUCUACAAAGUGCAAAAUCGUCAAAAGAUGCACUUCACCCUGUAUGGCGCAGAGUCAAAACCACUAAACAAAUUGAUGCUAUCGGCUACAGCGCAUUUAGUUUGGAAAAACAAGCUUUUGGCACAAGUCUAAAUCUCCUUUUCUCCUUUGCCAAGUUAAUGCAGAGAGCAUUUAGUUUCUGCUUCAAACUGACAGAAUGAGGGUUUAAAUUCAGGGUGAGUAGAUUGUCCUUAAAGUAACAGUGUUUUCACUUGAGGAGGAUUUAUUAGUACUCUUUUCACAAUGACAAAAGCAGAUCCUGACCGAUCAAACAAAGACAACUCAAAAUGAAUGGAUAUGCAGCUACUGUGCAAAAAUGUCUCUACAGUGGGGCUCAGUUUCAUAGGGGGACUGCUUUGAAAUCUGGUUGGGACUACCGUGAAAACACAGAGUCAGUGUGAGUCUGAUCCAACAACCAGAAGACCCCUCUGUUAGAGCAGCAGCAGCAGCAGCAGCAGCAGCAGCAGCAGCUCUCUACUAUAAGCAGACGGUUCUCUAUGAAUCACUCUGAACACAAUCACAAGAGUUUCAAACUGGAUUCUGAUUUUAACCUGAAGUCGGGAGGAUGACUUUGUCAGGAGGCAGGUCAAGGAAGUGUUGGUGAGAUAGAUGAGGAGGGAACUGCAGUAAUCUGAGACGAAAUAAAAGCUUGAUCAUCUCACAAUCAAAUCAAGAUCAACUCUGGACAUGAAUGACUUCUGCAAUAUGCACCAAGUGAUAAAACAAGGAGCAAACCCCACCAGACUCGCGACCUAGACCUGCAAAGUCGUGCGUUGUCAUGCAAAAUUAUUCUUGGGAGAAAGUUUGUGAAACAUUUUGAGAUGUGUCACCUGGUCUUAAGUUGUUGGAACAUGCAGAUUUCUCUGUUGUGAGUCAGGAUUUAUUAAAAGACAUGGUCUUGGGCUCUGAGAAGUCAUGUGAGACUCUUUUCUUUUCAGUUAAUUUUUUGUUUAGUUCAAUUAGGAAAUAAAUCAGAAUCGUAGUCGGAUUUAUUUGUGAGGUCUGAGUGUAUAUGCAAGAAUUUGACUCCUUUUGCACAAGCAGUGAGCGUAAACUAGCAAAAUUUGCACAAAACAUUAAACUAUUAUGUGCAAGAUGAUGUGCAAUGUUUUGAGUGCAAAGGAUGUAUGCAAUAAAGUUACACAUGGCUCAUCAAUUUUUAUAACAUAUAAUCUGACAGUAGUGGUAAUGCUCUUCUCAAAAACAUCUUUUCCUCGUCUCAUGUUCUUGUUCACUUUCUUCAUUUCUUAGGAAACUACAAGAACCACAAGCUGACGCACAGCGGGGAGAAGCAGUACAAGUGCUCCAUCUGCAACAAAGCCUUCCACCAGAUCUACAACCUGACCUUCCACAUGCACACGCACAACGACAAGAAGCCCUUCACCUGCGCCACCUGCGGCAAAGGCUUCUGUCGCAACUUUGACCUGAAGAAACACAUCAGGAAGCUGCACGAUAACGCGUACAGCGCAGCCGCGGAGGCCUCUAGAGAGCUGCAGAGCUGAGGCACGCUGCUGCUCACCCCCCCACAAUGCAUCUCUGCAAUCCAGGCAAUAAAUAAACUGGCCGGUGUCCUGCUCUGAACAGUUUUUAAAAGCACAGGUGGGACAUCCUGUUUGGUGACACUGAGCAGACCAGAAGGUACAGCAGACACACUCUACACACACCACCAGAGUAUAAAGAGGAGAGGACCCCCUCCAUCUCCACGAUGGACGUGUAAAUAAUAGGCUAUGAAAUAAAGAAUGUUAUUUAAAAUGUGAAUCAUUGCCAUGUUGUGUAUUUCACAGACAAAAAAUGUUAAUGUGAAUAAGUUAUAACUUAUAAAGAAAACUGAAUGUUUGAGCCAUGUCGUUUCUGUUUUUUGAAGGUAUUUGAAAAUAAAUCUUCAUGAUAUUACUUUUUUGUUAAUCGACUUUUCUUGUGUCUGCUUUUUAUGAUUGUCCUAAGACAUUUUAUCCAAAAAUGCAACUUUUUUUUUCUAAAAGGGGGAAAACAGGUUGCCAUAUGGUCAAUAAAGAAGAAUUAAGACACAAACAACACAAAACAACUCAUUAAACAAAGACACAGACAAACAUACACUUUAAAUGGUAUAAAGGAAACAGCAAAUGUCUGUUCUGUUUAUUGAGUUAACGUUUUCUAGUGUGCGCCGUAAGUAUUUUUGUUGAUGAAGAACUUUCCAUUUGCGCUUAUUCUGGCGCCCCCUCUGGACAAAGCAGUGUUUAAAAAGCAGGUCGUCCACAUUUGUAACUUGUGUUUCUUCCUUUGUAAAAAUGCUGCAGUUAAAUUAAUUGGUCGACUCCUCCCCUCGGCGGUGGUUUCUGACAGUAAAAAUAACUCUAAAGUAACAGUAUCUCCUCUUGUUAACAGUCUUAUUUGCUGCUUUUGGUAAUAAAGAAGUGUCACUAUUAAUUGUAAUGUAUUUUAUGACCUGUUGAAACUCCAAACAGGAGCUUUAAUUACAUUUUGCAAAUGUCUACUGAGGACAACAGGAUCUAAUUUUGUCUCGGAAACCUUCAGUGCAUUCAACAUUUCUGUAACAGAGGUGCACCUUAAAAAUGAUAACACAGCCGAGCUCCAAAAUAAUCGAAAAUAUGAAAAAAAUAUAUGUCGUGUGGACAAAAAGAUAAUGCUAAUGAGCAAACCAGAAACUACUCUUGUGUAAACAAAGUAAUUAUAUUGCAUUGUAUUGUAAUUGUUUUCGCACUUAACAUAAUUGCCCACAUCACAGUUAUCUUGUGUGCACAAGAUAACCAACUUGUUUCUUUGUGUUCUUGCAAGGUAAGAACUUGUUUGAAAUGUGUGGAAAUUAUCUUGUUUCUGGGACAUUAUAACUUGUUCCACAUAAAAAAUAAUAUUGGGUGUAAAAGAUAACUUACUCUCACAGAAAAAAAAAUGUCCAUAAAACACAAUCACAUUCUGUAAACAGGAUAUUUAGAAAGACAAGAUUAUUAGUGUUCUCACAAGAUAAUUAGUAGUUAUUAUCUUUUGCACAGAAAAUCAUAACUUGAGCAAACAAAAUAAUCAGUUUUACACAUAAGAUAACUUAUCUCUACAAGAUAACUGCAUUGUUUGGUCAAGUUAUUGUCUUGCACAUAAAAAAAAAUAUUAAAAAAAUUAUAUUGAGCAAACGAGAUAAUAAUCUUGUCAGUCGACAUCAUACAUGCCUUUGGUCUGAGACAUAUUUAUUGUUCACUUUCUUUAAAAACUGAUAGAAAUUAUUAGACUUUUAUUGUGAAGCGUCUGUAUUUAGUAUUUAAGAGUGCAGGCAUCUGUCUGAACUAAACUUUGUGGGUCUUUUAUUUUGAAGUGUUGCUAGAAAGCCACAUAUAGACUCAGCCUGGCUCCUCUGUAGACUCUGCAGCCACUUUGCUUCAACAUUUAUUGACAGACACGAUCUUGAUAAUGCUGCAUUUACACUUGACUCGCGUAUAAUGGCGCAAAUGAUCAGAGAUAACAUGGGCUCUUGAAAGUGAAUUACAUUAAGCAGUUAAACGGCCUGGGGAGGCUUGAUUGGGGACUGUCUCAUCCGGAGCCGCUCAUCAGAGGCGGAGAUAAUGGGGCACUCAGGCCGCAGCUCCUCAUCUGGGCCUCCGCGCUAAUAGAGC